AUGGUGGACGUAAUACCUGAGUCAGACGACGAUCGGAGAGCCAGGGAGAUACUUGAAGGAACAACAGUGCGCAUCGGUCAACGCUUUCAGUCCGGCUUACUGUGGAGGGAGGCAGAUAUCAAAUUUCCAGAUAGUUACGGAAUGGCAGAGAAGAGGAUGAAGAGUCUGGAGAAGCGGUUAGCAAGAAACCCGAUGCUGCAGCAGAAUGUACAGAGGCAAAUGGAGGAGUACAUAGAGAAGGGAUAUUGCCACAAAGCGACAAAGCAGGAGCUACAAACCACAGAGAGACAUAAGGCGUGGUAUCUACCGUUAAACAUCGUACUGAAUCCAAAAAAGCCAGGAAAAGUGCGUUUAGUCUGGGAUGCAGCGGCCGCUGUGCAAGGCGUUUCUUUGAAUUCCGCAUUGCUGAAGGGUCCGGAUCUGCUGGUUUCCCUGCCGUCAGUGAUAAGCCAGUUCCGUGAGCGAAGGAUAGGGUUCGGUGGCGACAUUCGCGAGAUGUUCCACCAAGUGAGAAUUCGUCCUGAGGAUCGUAAAGCGCAGCGCUUUCUAUUUGGAGGAGAAGUGUACGUGAUGUACUGUGCCAUUUUUGGAGCUCACCAAGUAAAGUUGUACAUUAUGCAAAAGAACGCGAAGGAGUUCACCAAGGAGUAUCCAAGAGCAGUAGAAGCAGUAGUGAAGAAGCAUUACGUCGACGACUAUUUCGACAGCGCAGAUACCGUAGAGGAAGCAGUCAAGCAAGCUGAAGACGUUAGAGAUAUCCACUCCCGUGGAGGAUUCCAAAUUAGAAACUGGGUUUCAAAUGCAGAAGAAGUACUGGUGAAGUUGGGAGAACGUCAAACAAGUCAGGAGAUUCACUUUCACCGAGAUAAAGAGACGGAGUUUCAGCGAGUACUGGGACUUGUGUGGAAUACCAGACAAGAUGUGUUCACGUUCUCAACGCAAAUCAGAGAAGACCUGCAGCCAUUCUUGAUCGGUGGCCAUCGGCCGACAAAACGGAUUGUGUUAAGUUGUGUGAUGAGCUUUUUUGAUCCCCUUGGAUUACUAGCCUUAUUCACAAUCCAUGGGCGUAUUAUAGUUCAGGAUCUUUGGAGAAGCGGGUGCAAUUGGGAUGACACGAUCGACGAAGAGGCGAUGGCAAGGUGGAUUCGAUGGACGGCGUGUCUGAACGAUGUGGCAGCAGUUCGUAUUCCUCGAUAUUACUUCGGAAAUGGUGCUUUGCUAGAUUACGACUCACUUCAACUUCACAUUUUUGUGGAUGCGAGUGAGAACGCGUACGGGGCUGUUGGUUAUUUCCGAAUAUCGGCAGCUGGGGUUCCUCGUUGUUCGCUAGUUCAAGCCCGUUCCAAGGUUGCUCCAAUUAAGCCGCAUUCUAUCCCACGUUUGGAACUGAUGGCUGCGGUGUUGGGAGCCCGGCUUAAGGAUACAAUACUGACAAGUCACAAUCUACAGGUAAAAAGACUAUUCUUCUGGACUGACUUACGAACUGUACGUUCGUGGAUAACAUCUGAUGCGCGAAAGUAUCGUCAGUUCGUCGCAUUCCGUAUUGGCGAUAUCGUCUCGCGAACAAAGGUCCCUGAUUGGAGGUGGAUUCCGACGAAACUUAACGUUGCCGAUAAGCUGACGAAGUGGUCUAAAGAAUCGCUCCUACAGACGAGUACCGUAUGGCAAAGAGGACCAGCAUUCUUGUAUCGCCCCGAGAGCGAGUGGCCCAGUGACGCAGUAGUAGAACCGAACGUCCCAGAAGAGUUUCGAGCCGCUUGCUUGUUCCAUAGAACGGAAACGGAAUUCCAAUUCAUAAAUGUGUCCAGGAUCUCAAAGUGGAAUGUGAUAGUACGAACUGUAGCGUUAGUCAUACGGUUUGUGGCAAACCUACGCAGAAAAGUGCAGAAUCAGGCAAUACUAACGAUUCGAGCUCUGCGGAACUUCAAUUACCAACAUAAGGUGAAUGCGGUACGAAUGGGCCUGCAGAGAGAAGAGUUCCAGCGCGCGGAGGAGAUAUUGUGGCAACAAGCGCAAUGGGAAGCAUUCGCAGACGAAAUAUGUAUUUUGCGCCGUUUGCGGGAUAACAACGGUGAGUGCAACGCGAAGAUCGAGAAGCGAAGUCCUCUUUAUAAGCUUUCACCAAUCCUGGACGAUAAGGAUGUAAUUCGUGUAGAUGGUCGAACAGCUCAAGCCGAGUUUCUUCCAUUUGAAAUGCGGUUUCCCAUAAUUCUGCCUAGGGGACACUUGAUAACAUCACGACUGAUCGAGCAUUAUCAUCGGCAGUUGGGGCAUGGACAUCGAGAAGCCGUGGUAAAUGAGCUGAUGCAGAGAUUCUGUAUUCCAAAGAUUAGAGUUGAGGUGGUGAAGUCACAGUCGGUCGGCGCAGCGAAAAGCGGUGGGUGGCUUUGUUCACUUGUUUCACGACCAGGGCAGUUCAUUUAG